UACUCGGUAAAUUCGGGGGUACCUUUCUGAUGCUAAUGCUGGAGGUCGUGAGCUGUGUCGUGUCUUGCGCAAUCGUUGCGUGAUGUGCGGCGCGAUCUCUAGUCGAAUGAGAGGGACUCGACCCCAUCUCCAUUCAAGUCGAGCCCACGGACAGCAGGCUAUUUACUGCCUCGCUAGACCGCUUUGGUCUAUUCCUUGAUUGCCCAAACAAGUUUGCAGGUGCUGACAGCCAAUAGGAUAACAUCCUGUGUUUAGCGCGGCGGAUCAGAUAAGUGACGUUUGGCAAUGGUGCUAUUCGUCAUGUUUCACUACAGGACUGCAGGCCGCCAGGGCCUGGCCUAUGGAGUACUUAUCAUCGGCACAGUUAUUCAACUCCCAAAAUAUUCUGGUCGCACCCGCCAAGCCUGUUCGCAUUUGGUAUUGGGUAGCGAUAACGGCUCGAACUUCCAAGCCUUUGUGAUGCCGUUGCUAGCAGUAUUCCUAGCAGUAUUCCUAGGCCCGAUCUUUAUCAUGUUGGCUGGUGGAUGUGUAUCUUUGGAGAGCAUUUAUUGCGCCCUGCAACGGCCAAGAGAAAGGUUUCAUGAGCAUACGUGGAUUUCUAAGACCGGGGAGAGAGUAGGAAAAGGUGCAAGCACAUCUAACGAAAUAUCUCGAUUUCAGACUUCCGACCGUCAAGGGAUAGGGGCUAGGAUGUGGGAUCUCGACGUUAGAGGAGAUAUGUCCAAGCACGAAUCGACCAGGUCGCUAUUAUCGACGCCGCAACCAAGAGACAAGCGAUCAACGUCGUAGUGGACCAAACUGAGUGGUGACCCAUAUGCCGCGAGAUUGGAGACAAUCUGGAUGAGUACGCCCAUGGCCGUGCCGAUGCUUCGAGCAGCCUGUCUGAGAUAUUCCGGAUCGUUGACCCCUUCAUCGAAUCUAUAAAUCAGACCGGCCA